AUGAGAUCUCAACUCGUUGCAGUGGCACUGGCCCUGGCUCCUCUGGCCUCGGCUUCUGCCUGGGCCAACAUCUUGCCCGACAUGGAUGCCAUUGUCGUGCGGCGGCAAGACGACAGCACCAAGACAACCGCCACAAACGGACCCCAGCAGACCAACCCUCCGGCCGGCCAGUCGACCACCGCAAAGCCGUCAGGCGCCACCACAAAAGGCCCAAUCACUACGGAUCUCAACACUGGUGGAGACGAGCCCACGGGAUCGAGCGGCACAGUCAAAGGCAGCGGCUCCCAGACCAAGAGCGCGACAUCAACGAAAGCCACCAUGUUCAACCCUCAAGAUCCUGCCGGUGGUGUGGUCAUGGUCACGCCUGCUGCGUCCCUGGGUAUGCCAUUGAUCAUGAUUGAGGAAACUUCAGCCGCAACCUGGGUCUGGAAUUACACCUCGGUGCAGGGCACCCCUACUGCUGUCGAUGUCCUAGUCAGCUGCUCGAAUCUGCAGACCAUCACUCUGACACGGAACAUGACCUACAAGUCCCCCCAGACCUUCACAUGGGACCAUGCCGAGUACGCCCAAACUGCCGUUUCGAACCAGCUGCUGACGGACAAGUACACUCUGGUUAUCUAUGAUUCCAACUCAGCGCCGACCGACGUGGCGGAGGCUGGCUAUCUCGCUCCCUUCAACCAGUUUGUUUUCGGUCUGUACGCCAGAAAGCCAUACCAGGACCUCGCGGACGGCUGGCAGUGCGUCACCUGCAACGGCGCGCUUGGCAGCCUUGAGCGCUCAGCGGUUGGUUUUGCCAUGUCUAUGAGCAUCAUCACGAUCCUCAGCUUCACCUGGUUCGUUGGCGGAUUCGGCGCCUUGUUGUGA